AUGAACAACCCCGCCUUACCCAUAUACGUUUCUCAGAGCCCUGGGCCAUACGCUUUCAGCAAUUCCCAGCCCAAUGCCGGCUACGCCAUCCCUCCCGGAACUCCCUUUGACCAUGCCCAGACUCCAUUCCAGCCGGGCAUGAUCCCAAACCAGAUGCAAAGGCCCUUAUCCUACCCUCAUCAGGCGCAGCAACCUCUUUCUCACCAGCUCUACCAACAACAUCCCGCCCAGGUUGGCGCACUGUCGCGCCCGGAGAGUCGAUCCAGCUAUAGCCCACAGUCCCAAGGACAUCCCUCCAAUGGGCAAACUCCUAUCCCUGUCCCAGUGACCCAAGGCACCAACCCGGCGUCGAGUCCCGCCCAUUUACAGAGGGCAACUACCUCUGCUCAGUCCUUACCGUCUACGUCUGCGCCGGCGCCGCUGGAUAUGAAUAUGGCAACAAAUAUGGCACAUCAAGGGCAAUCGAGUUCCACUUUGGCUCAACAAGCCCAGAUACAGAAUGCGACACAAGUGGCACGCGCUACUCCCCAGCAGCAGCAGCAGCAGCAGCAGCAACAACAACAACAACAACAAACAAGCGCUGGCUCGGCAGUCUCACCACAGUCUGCUGCGCGAGAGAGAGCACGAGUCACGGUAUUAUUGGAGAUCAAUACCCAUUUGCUCCAAGAGGUUGUAUCAUUACAGGCGCAGGGAAAAGCGGGAACCACACUGACUCAGGGACAACAAUCACCUACCUCGCCCAUAUCAGCAACAGAUCCGGCCAAUGCCAUUACCAACAGCCCAGGAGAGCCGCCAAAAUCGGCGGGGGGAACGCCUCAGUCGAAGCCACCAUCACAAGAGUAUGCAGAAUGUAUGCGGCGCCUACAGGCCAAUCUAUCUUAUUUAGCUGCGAUUGCGGAUGCGAAAAAGAAGGUCAACGGAGCCUUGCCCUCGGGUCCAGCAAUAAUGAUUCCCCCACCUCACUUGCCGCAGGUGAAUGAGUUGUAUAAAAAGUUGAAUGCUCUAUUCCCGGAGGCGAGUCACUCGGCGAUCAACAAAGCAAUGGCACAAGCAGCUGCGCAAAACCAGAACACGGGUCCGAAACCGCAAAUACCUUUCACUCCUGCGCAAGGGUGA